AUGGGGCUGGUCCUUCGAUGGGGAGAUGUGAAGGAGCCGCAAUUUGGUCUUCUCCUAGUGGAGGGGAUCUUUACCCUUGCUGAGCCUAGACUGGGCUGGGGGUACUAUGGCGAGAGUGCACCCGCUCGUUCGGUUGGGCAUGCUCAACAUCAUGAGUAA